AUGCUCGAAAUUCAAGAGCGUCUCGGCACGAAAAAUUUUACUAAAGCAUUACAAAAUGCAGAAGACGAAAAAGAAGAAGAAGAAGAUGCGGACGAUGUUGAACAAUCGAGUACUGAACGAAAAAAACCAACGACGAAUACAAAACCAAUUUUAAAUCAACAAGCAUCAAGAUCAGAACCGAUUGAAGUGUCGUCGAAAAGACGUCCGAUGAAACGAGACCAAAUUCCUGUUCAUCUACGUGGUAGACGAAAGAUCAUUGAUCCGCGAUUUAAUGAACAGUUCGGUGAAUACGAUGCGAAGGAGUUCCGACAAUCUUAUCAUUUCAUUACUGAUAUGCGUCGAAAAGAAUUAACCGAGCUGAAAAAGCAAUUGAAAACCUGCGAAGAUCCAACGGAAAAAUCGAAAUUGAAAACAGUUAUCAAUCGUCUUAAAUCUCAAGUGAAAAAUGUCGAUGAUAUCGAACGUGUGGAGAAGAUUUCCAAAGAUAUCCAAAAGAAAAGUGAAACACUUGCUAAUGGUGGUGAAUCGACACCUUAUAUAACUAAAGAGGUGCGCAAAGUGAUGAAACUGGCAACAACUUAUACAGAUUUGAAGAAUACAGGACGAAUCGAUUCAUACUUAAGCAAGAAACGCAAACGUAUAGCAAGCAAGAAGAAGAAACAGAUGCCGACCAGACGUGUCGACGACGAUCAAGACGAUUGA